AUGACGCUGCGAGGAGUAGCUGAGAAGCCUGCUGGCACCGGAAUGGGAUGGUUCCAGGCACGCAUAUCCUGGUUGUAUUUCUGGGCCGCCCCGAGAGCAGGGAAUCUAGCUGAAGCAGCAUCCCCACUGCGCCGCGCCCUGCCAUUCGCCGGACACGCCUCCAAGUGCAUCUGGGACAUUCGGUAUCGACCGAUUUGUACCUUUUCUGCUGCCACACCUCGAACCACUUCUGUCAGCUCCGCCCUCGAGGAGCCGCUUGACCACACAACCGUCCGCCGUGUCGUCGACUCGUCCCCCCAUUCCCGGCUCGCUGCCUCCAACAAGUGUUGGCUGGCACGCAGUGCUUGCUUGACCGGCUACUUGUGCACUUCUGCUGGCGCCGGUGCUGCUGACGGAGAUAGGGCUUGCGGUGACCUGCUGCAGGUACCUCUUCUCGGCCCAGCGUGCUCCGCCCAAGAAGCAAGAGACACGCUCCCCUACCUAGUUCCCUCUGCUGCUCCUCUGACGGGCCCAGCACCAUCCGUGGUGCCAUGGGUUGAGGGCUCAUCUGAGAAUCCCUGA